UCACCAUCUAUAAUUCUGCCUGUCCAAAAUGACUGAUGCUAAUUUAAUACCCUGCCAGGAGAUGAAGAUGAGGGUGAUGAAGACGAUGAAGCAGAUGGACCCACUGGGAAAAGAGCAGCAGAAGAUGACGAUGAGGAUGAUGACGUUGAUGCAAAGAAGCAGAAAACAGAUGACGACGACUAGAGAGGGGAUAUUCCCUGUCUCAAAAUAAAUUCUAUAUAUAAUACUUCUCCACCGCCUCCCCACCCUUGUCACGCUCAGAACAUGGUCACUUAAAGUGAUGCAUCCGUCCCACCCUUCAUGCAGGUUCCCAUGGCCCCCUACUCCGUCCACACAAGUGGCUGUGUCUGUGAGGCAGGUCACUGUGUUCCCAUGGUGCAU